AUGGUCGGCACCUGGGGCAUCGAAAAGGUGUGCAACUACCUGCGCAAGGUCGCCCUCGAGGCCGGACACCGUCUCAGCGAGCGCGACGUCUUUGUCUUCACGGACCACCCGCCGCGAUGGGACGACUGGACGGAGGAGGACCUCAUGCUCCUCAACAGGAUGCUCCGGGCGCUGUACAACAGCCCGGCGUCCUUCAAGGUUUUUGAAAUGAUCGUCGCGACAUACCUGCUGGGUUAUGGGGACAAUUGA